CCCGCCCACCUUCCCGCGGCUCGCGCGAUCCUAAGCACGGCGGCCCGCUGCUUAUCGUAUAUCCUGCCAUAAAAUCGCCCGACUACAACAUCCCAUGGUGCCCAAGGACAGCGGGAAUCCGUCCGUGCCAAUACCAUGGCGGCGCUGCUCGCUCUGUUGGCAGCAUGUGCUAUCCUAACCGGAAGCCACGCGCUCGAUAUUCGCGUUACAAAAACCAAGAAUGUCACCAUCCCAAGCACCAUAUACGGUUACAUGUGGGAGGAUAUCAACCAUUCAGGCGACGGAGGAUUAUACGCGGAGCUCCUCCAGAACCGCGCCUUCCAGGUCCAACUCCCUGGAACGGCUGAAGCUCUUACGGCCUGGAACGCAACGGGUGGUGCCACCCUUACCGUCGUGAACGACACCAGCCCCGUCUCGUCUGCCCUUCCGAACAGCCUGCGCGUGGACGUCCCUACUGGCACUACGGGCGCCGCCGGUGCGCUCAACACCGGCUAUUGGGGCAUCAAAGUGCAGAAGGGAUGGAAAUACACGGGCACCUUCUACGCCAAGUCGUCCUCCUUCUCCGGCACCAUCACCGCAGCGCUCAAGAGCGCGGACGGGAAGACGACGUUCGCGUCCAAGACGCUCUCCGGCGUCGGCAAGAACUGGAAAAAGUUCGAGUACACGCUCGAACCGAGCUUUUCGGCCAGCGGCAUCGACAACGUGUUCAGCGUCACCGUGGACGCGAAGAAGGCGGCCGGCAAGACAGUCUACUUUGGGCUCUUCACGCUCUUUCCGCCCACUUGGAACAAUCGGCCGAACGGUAUGCGCAUUGACAUUGCCCAAGCAUUCGCGGAGACCAAGCCAGGACUGUGGCGCUUGGGAGGCAACAACCUGGAGGGCACGGCCACGGGCGGAGGCUCUGACCCCGGAGGGUUCAACAACAGGUGGAAGUGGAACGAAACCCUCGGUCCGCUGGAGAACAGACCUGGGAGGUGGGGCAACUGGGGAUACCCGAAUACGGACGGUCUCGGGUUGAUUGAGUACCUGGACUUCAUCCAGGACCUGGGAGCUGAACCUAUUCUCGGCAUUUGGGAUGGCAUCGUGAUCAACGACUAUGCCAACCUGAGUGGAUGGCCCGUCGUCCCUGAGGAUCAGCUCCAACCAUACAUCGACGACGCCAUCAACGAAAUAGAAUUCAUCAUCGGUGAUGCCAAGACGACUAAGUACGGAGCCCUGAGGGCGAGCCUAGGCAGGAAAAAGCCGUACCAGUUAAGAUACAUCGAGAUUGGGAACGAGGAUCAGUUCCAAGAACCGAGCUACCAGGCGUACAGGUGGAAUAUGUUCGUUACUCAAAUCGGCGCCAAGUAUCCGCAGCUCGAGUUCCUUGCGACAUCGUACCCUUCUUUGGCACUGGACCCGCCUUACCACAAGAUUGACUAUCACCAGUACCAAACCCCGGAUUGGUUCGAGACCGCUGCAUUCAUGUUUGAUUGGGACAACUACCCGAGGAACGGAACGCAGUAUUUUGUCGGCGAAUAUGCGGUCACUUCUACCAAUGACUCUGACCCGCUUGGCACAUUCGACACCGGUCGACUGCGGUAUCCGACCUUGCAGGGUGCCAGCGCGGAGGCUGCGUUCAUGACGGGCAUGGAACGUAACGCAGACGUUGUCUUUGCUUCGGCUUAUGCUCCGUCGCUCCAACAUAUCGAUAGCUAUCAAUGGACGCCCGACAUCAUGACUUUCGAUGCUGGAAGCGUAGUGAGGAGCAUCUCUUACUACGUACAGAAGUUGUUCAGCACGAACAAGGGCACCAAUACCCUCAUCACCGAACCAAUCUCAUCGCCCGAAACCGCACCGCUAUACUGGGUAGCGAGUAUUCACAACAAGACAAACGUCGUGUAUCUCAAGGUGUCAAACGCGGGCAACGCGACGAUCUCGACCACCGUCUCUCUUGACUUCACCGUCAAGGGCAACAAGGGUAUUGCCACCAUUCUCAGCGGGCCCGACGCGGCGGGAUAUAAUACCCUCGAUAACCCGAACUACGUGACGCCCAAGAACCAGACGGUCUCUAUCGUCGGCGGCAGCUUCACGCACGAUUUCCCGCCGAUGAGCGUGGCGGUCUUCCAAUUCCCGACCAAGGGUUGA